AACAAAGUAAAACUGAAUAUCUAAAGUAAAAGGACAAAGGCUUGACGACUUGUCCCUUAAGGUAUCUCGAUUCGUUUUUUUUUCGUCACUAGAAAUCAAGCAACAAGAGACUCCCUCGAUCGUCCCUGCUCGACGGCCAUUUGAAGCUUCUGAUCUUUCUCACAACUCUCUCUCAAGAAAACUAAGGAUUUGUAGACCUGUGUGAGCUUUGUGAUGGCAACUGAACAGAAAGCAGCUACUGAGGAAGUGAAAGUUGACCUCUUUGAGGAUGAUGAUGAGUUUGAAGAGUUUGAGAUUGAUGAAGAAUGGGAAGUCAAGGAAGGUAAAGAAAUUACUCAGCAGUGGGAAGACGACUGGGAUGAUGAUGAUGUCAAUGAUGACUUCUCGUUGCAGCUUAAGAUAGAACUGGAGAGCAAUGCGGAGAAAAAAUGAAGAGACACUUGACACUUGCUUUUUUAUCUGCCAACAUCUAUGUUUUAUUUGUGCUGUUUGACCCUCAAGAUGGUUUUAUUAUGCCUUCUAUCUUUGCAAUUAGUGUCAUGAAUAUGCUUAGCCCGAAUCGGAAACAUUGUAAGCAUUUAAGAUCAGCAUAUUGAGCACCUAUGACCAUCUGCCCAGAUGAUAAGGCAUUUAGUUAAUUUGAUGAUA